AUGGGGCGGACGAGCGUGGCGACGGCGGCGGCGGCGGCGCUGCUGGUGCUGGCGGCGUGCGCGGCGCUGCCGGCGAGGACGGCGGCGAACAAGAUCAGCAUCAACUGGAAGCCCAACGUCAACUACACCGACUGGCUGGAGCAGCACAGCCCCUUCUACAAGGACGACUGGCUGGUGUUCUACUACACGGCGGGGCAGGCGGACGUGGUGCAGGUGGACGAGGUCGGGUACAACAAGUGCGACGCCACCAACGCCAUCUACAACUACAGCAAGGGCCGCAGCUUCGCGGUCCAGCUGAACGAGACCAAGACCUACUACUUCAUCUGCAGCUACGGCUACUGCUUCGGCGGGAUGCGCCUCGCCAUCAAGGCCGAGAAGCUGCCGCCGCCGUCCCCGCCGCCGUCCGCCAGCGACCGUUCCUCCGCCAUCGCCGCCUUCGCCAGGUCCCACGCGCCCGUCAUCUACGCCGCCGUCGCCGUGCUCGCCGCGCUCCUCAGGAUGGUCUAG